AUGGCCGCAGAGAGCAUUUCAAUAACCACAAUCUGGUCGAUAUUCUACCACUUUUUUUUGGAUCACAACGAAUAUCGCACUCUGUUAUCACACUGCCGCAAACUUGUUCAAGCUUCUGCGCAUAUGGAGACUUGGAAGGCAUCCAAAUACGGUUGCUACAUUCGCUUUUGUACGGACGCAUCACUUUCAGACGUGCGUCGACAUUGGGCUUUGUAUGCAGAAUCUGAUGCACUCUCCAACGAAGAGAAAGUAGCCAUUCGUGAAUCCUUUGAAUUAGGAAUGAAAUCAGUCGUGGACCAAUUCAAGGAGAACACUAUUUUUACUAGCGUUCGAUCAGCAGGUCCCCCCUUCUUAACUUUCGCUCACGAGGCCAUGAAAUCCCAUGCUGCUUAUUGGAAAAUGGGCACGACCGAUGAUCGUUCCUCAACCCUUCCACACUUCAACCCCACAUUUUAUUAUUCAGGAUUAGGGGGGAAAUUUUCGGUACACUACGGAACCGAACCGUUACUUGCUUUCCAUCUAGCACCAGCGUUGAUUCCCAUCAAAGACUUUGUGUCCUCGCCAAACCCUACCAUCAAAUAUGCAACGAAGGUUGCCAUGGACCAGUUUGAACUUUGGUGUACUGCCUUCCGACAGAGAAUUUCUGAUGGCGCAGGCGCGAAUCUAAUACUACGGUUUCACGUGGGUGAAGCGUUGGCCUUCUGUCGGGCACUCUUUGUUUGCCAGCGCGAGAAAGUGACAAAAUGUGGUGCCUAUACAUCGCAAUGGGGCGGAUCACAGAUUUCUCUUGAAACUGCUGAAUAUUCUGGAAAUACCCCUCUUGCUCCUGUCUUUUUUAAUGUCAUAGAUACCUCCAACUUGACGGAUCACGUAGGACUUCUCAAUCUUUUGGCUGUUACGAUUCCAUUGCUGCAGAGAAAACCAUGGGCGGUCAUUCAUACAAAUUCUCUUGUUCCAGAAAGCCCUGAUGGUCUUUACGUUAAAGGGUUGAUCGCAAGAGCAUGCUACGAUAUUCCAACACUUUCAUUGGCACUUGGAGUUUCUCCUGCACCAUGCAUGUCACAUUUCACCACUGUAUCCAGCAAGCAUGAGGUGCUUGCAUCUACCCUCGUAUCUACCCCCGGCCAAAUGCACGAGUACACAUCCUGGAAAAUUCCAACAACUCUAUUAACGAGUUCAGACCGUGAACAUUCUGCAUCCCAUACCCAAAAACUUGCUGGUCAACGUUGGCAGGUAGAUGAUUUCGCGCGAUUCAUUUUCUUGCUAGCGCGUGCAAUGUUCAUAGAUGAGGACAUCAAUAGUGCCAGUGGAUCUAAUCAAAGGCUCAAAAGACUGUCCUAUUACACCAGGGAGAGCCUAGUCUCUUUAAUGGCCCUUUUCAAAAAUCGGCUCCAUGGAGUUGACUGGGAUGCUAUCGUUAAAAGGGUUGAUAUUUUACAAGGAUACGACGACACCGGCAAUUGUGGGCAAGAUUUUGUUUGCCAACUUUACCUUCGUGAUGUUUUCGUGAUGGAUUCGAUGAAACCAUCAGUUCUCCGAGAAAAAUAUCCUCAUAGUACUUUUUUCCGUGGAUGGAGAGAUUUACCGCCGGUUGUGUGUGCUGUUCUCAGAAUCCCUCGUCAGAAGCUCAAGGACCUUGAAAACAUGUCUUUCGAAAAGCUACCAGUGGCUAUUCUCCGAGGCGAUUAUCGAGCUCAAACGACGGCUGGUGAAAUAUACGAGACCUUUUCGUCAAUCAGACCUAUCUUUGGAGAUAUGGUUGUUUCAAUGGUGGACGGCGAGCCUUGUGUUUCGAUAAACGAGGACUUACUGGGAUGGUAUGGUGAAUCGGAUUUGAUUGUGUCAUUCUUCAUGUCGUCUUGGGCUUUACUUGAAUACGGUCCAGAGGUUCUUGAGAUCGGAUUUGGGAUUAAAGCGAGCCCGGCCACAGUGCUGGAACUCUGGCCCGUACUUGGGUUCCAUCUCGACAUAUAUUCUACCAGUGCCAAUUCUGCAAAUGUCCACUUUGUCCGCCAUCGUCCUAACAAUGCCGAAGAACUACAUUACCUACGAGCCCGUCCCACUGUCUCUACAUCCGAGGUUGGAAACGUUGUCGAGGUCAAGUGUGCGCCACAUUUACCAGUGGUGGAAUCUUUUUUGAUUAGAUACAACAUCACUGAGGUUGCCUUAAAACGGAGUCUUGCGCAAGGAGCGGCCGUAACAACAAAACCUAUAUCAGACAGUAUCAUUUGCCUCAGCGUUUCAAAUUACGAACGGCUUCUCUCAUUUCCAUUCGCCAUUUAUACCAACAAGCUGAAAGUGAAAAUCGCUCAAGCACCUAUUAGGCCAGUUUUCGAAGACAACGACAAGCCUGCUGUUGUUCCAUUUACUGUCGCUUGUACCUCAAGCUCGAUCAAUCUACUAAAUGUUCAUUAUCUUAAUUUGAACAAGCUUCCUGCUCUCCAAUUCCCGAGGGGCGUGGAGAUGAAAUUUAACUGGCUGGGAAUCCACCUAGGAAUGUCGCCUUCUGAUCGCGAGAAAAAAUUUGCAAAUCUCCCUACUUCUCAUCCGCUUACUAUGGUUAUCCAUCUGAAACAAACCAUCAACACCAUUUUCUUAAAGUUCGUUGAACUGGGUGAACAGGCACGAGUGAUUGGGCUCCGCAAACUCGGCCAGGAUGUCGGAAUUUAUGCAUUAAUUUUCAUCAACGAUAUCCGGUUCGACUUGUCGGCACAAACUGUUGUGGUUGACGCUUGUGCGAUCCCUUUGUACAAGUCGAUACUCCCAAGAAUUUCGGACUACUUGGGGGUCAUCGCUCCUUUUCAGAUUAUCACUGAUGACGACGAAACGUUGGCUUGGAAGACGCUUCUCCCAGUCUUCGCCGAACGCUGUAGGACAUGGAAACAUAAAGCCAACUGCGAGUACCUUUCGGAGGGUUUCCCAUUGCCAAGUGGUUUGGAAGGAUACGCUUCCAGUACAUUAUGCAGUUGCGGCAAAGGGAAGGACUUAGGAGCGUGGGCGGAGGUCCCUGAAUGGAGAUCAAUGAUACCCGAAGCGACACGAAUUGCCAUCAGCCCUCUUUUCACGUUUUCGACUUCUUAUGACGAAGUUAAGGCGCUCAAGUUUCUCGUCCAGGUCGUCGUCCGCUCGAAGGUGUGCGAAAUGUGGUAUACAGGGGGGUCAGGCUCUUCAGAGGUGUAG